CUCAGCGCUGAGGGAGAAGCCUCUAAAGUGUUCAUUAAUACAGUGAGGUAGAGGCCGAACCUCACUGAGUAACUCCAGGCUUCUGUUUGUCUCAGUUGGAUCCUCCUGAGGAAUCACUACAGGCCGGUUAGUUGAAGAGUCCUGGGUUUCUGCCCAAGAGAGAGCCUUAUUGGAAGGCAGCAUGUCCAGUUUUCCCUUGAGAAAAAAGUCUCUGGCAAGAAAUGUAGAUAUGAACAGCACCAUUCAAGGAACUGCACUGAAGAAACAAGAUUUUCAUGAGGUGAACAAAAGAAGGACUUUCUUACAGGAUAACAGCUGGAUCAAGAGACGUCCUGAAGAAGAAAAAGAUGAAAAUUAUGGUAGGGUGGUGCUCAACAGGCAUAACUCCCAUGAUGCCUUGCACAGGAAAAUAAAUGAGAAAGAGGAACCAAAAGCCAUGGUUAGUCGGUACAGGUCCGAUGACACUUUGGACAGGAUCUCAGGCAGAAAAGAUGCUGCUAAAACAUCUAAAGCCAAUACCUUGGAUAACCAACUAACCAAUAGAAGCAUGUCCACAUGUAGAUCAUCAGAUGCAACCAAGUUGCAACCUGCCAGUUCGUUGAGUGCAAACACCACCAACGGCACAAGUUCCACCCUGGCUACCAGCCCUCUGAAGAAAAAGAGACAGUCUUGGUUUCCACCACCCCCUCCGGGUUACAGUACUGCCCCGAGCAUGGGAGCCAGCAGAAGGGACCCAGCUGUUCAUCCUCCAAUACCACCAAAGCCGAGUUCUCCUAUUUCUUCUCCUAAACCACCGAGAAAAGAGAAUAGGACUCAGGAUCUUGAUGGCAUUGUCAAGGUGACAACAUCACUUCAGGAAACUGACAAGGGUAAAGAGUUGGACAAUGUCAUCAAAAUGAAUAAAAGCUUGAACAGAAAUCAAGGUCUUGAUGGUCUCUUCAGAGCGAAUUGGAAGGCAGAGCAAACAGAGAAAAGAGCUAGUAGUCUUGAAAAUCUCAUCUAUGUGAAUACACAGAUGGACAAAGACUUCAAAGGAAACCAAAGCCUUGGAAGUCUUAAUAAAGUUAAUCAAAGGACUGGCAAAAAUGAAAAAGGAAGACGAGAUCUUGAAUCUAUCACCAAAGUGUAUACCAGCACAGAUGAAACCAGCAGAGGAAAGCAAGAUUUUGAUGAGCUUACUAAAGUGAAUCUUGAAACAAAUAAAAACAUCAAAAGCAGCCGGAGCCUUGGGAAUCUGAUCGAAGUGAGCACUGAAGGGAACAGGAAUAGACAAGGUUUCAAAGACCUUAAUAACCUCAAAAAUGUGAGUCCAACAAUAGGAAAAUGUAUUCAAGGGGGCCAAAGUCUUGACUGUCUAAUCAAAGUGGUUCCUGAAACAAACCAAGGCAAUCAAGACCUGAAUAAUCUCAUCAAACUGAAUCCCUCAGCAAACAAAUGUGAACAAGAUGUUGAUAAACUCAUUAAUGUAAAUCCCAAAGCUGUCAAAAAUACUGCUGGAAACCAAAAUCUGGAUAACCUCAUCAAAGUGAAUCCCUUAGUAACCAGAAACAAUCAAAGCCUAGACGUGGAUUAUUUUAUUCAGGUGAAGCCUUCAGUUCUCAGAAAUGUUAAUAGGCUAGACAGCCAAGUCAAUGGAUUCACCAGUGCUCUACACAACAAGUCCACGAGAGUCUCUACCUAUUCUUAUGAAGCCAGGCAUAAUCUCAGCUCCAGUACUGGAAGCAGGCAUGCAAGACCAAAGGACAUUGUUGUGUACACAAGGACAUUUGUGGAGAAUAGUAAAACACCAAAGGAUGGGUAUCAGGAGAAUAGCUCUGGAAAGUAUAUACAAACCGUUUAUUCAACUUCAGAUAGGUCUGUCAUUGAAAAAGAUAUGUGCACUUACUGUCGAAAACCCUUGGGUGUGGAAACUAAAAUGAUUUUAGAUGAAUUACAGAUUUGCUGUCAUUCCACUUGCUUUAAGUGUGAAAUAUGCAAACGGCCUUUGGAAAAUCUGAAAGCAGGUGACAGUAUUUGGAUUUAUAGACAAACAAUACACUGUGAACCUUGCUACUCUAAAGUUAUGGCCAAGUGGAUUCAAUAAUGCUGGCACAUGGAAAUCAAGAUGAAAAGCAUUCAUUAGAGAAUUAAAAGUUCCAAGUUUUAAGAACAUGCAAUCUAGACAAGCUUUUACAUUGAAGAUCAACAUUUGUAUAAAAUUGCAAUAAUUCUGAUAUUAUAUAAAUAAUCUAAUUACUUUUAAUAAGAUUAUAUAAAUGAAAAGAGUCAUCUGGGAUCUGGCUAGUGAUAAGAAACUCACAAGGUUCUAGUUCCUAAUGUCAAAAGAAUAAUGCACUCGAUGGUGGCAAAUGUCAUCAGCCAUAACCAGGUCCAUCCCUGGAUGUAGAUCAUAGUUCCCAUUAUAGCAAAGUUGCUUAUUUUUCUCACCUUUAUUCUUCUGAGAAUUUAGGUUCUCAGACAUUAUUGAAAUCCUAACAAAUAUAUUAAAUUUUUCUGCAAAAGAAAUAUUGUUAGAAAUUUUCCUACAGACUUUGGCACAAAGAUGUGAACAUAAAAAGUUGUAUAUAUCUUAGAAAAUCACUUAAACUUUCUAUAUCUCCAUGACAUUACUUGUAACAUGGGAGGUAUUAGACAAAAAGAUUUCUACUUUUUACUUUCCCAGUUCUCUUUUUCUGAAGGAAGUUUGAAUUUGCUCAUUAAAAACAUAUAGUAUAUGUAUUUGUUAAGCUUAUUGACAAAAGAUGAUACAUAAACAAUUUGACCUUAGUGUCAUCCUUCAUUUUAUCACAGCCAUAGUUUAUAUGUACUGUAUUUUAAAAAAAAAGAAAUAGAUUUAUGGGAAAUAGGUGAACUAAAUGACAUGUACAGUUUACAUAUUAUAAUCUGUUAAGCUUUCUUUGCAUGUAAUUCAAAAAUCUGGAUAUACAAAUAAUCUAUAAGAAAUAAUGGUUAUGGAUUAUAAAGGCACAUUACAUGUAUUCAUAUUACAUAGCACUUUAUAUUUACAAAAGGCUUAUACAAAUAAAGUGAACUAUCAGUUACACAGAAUUUUUAUAGUGUCUAUAAAUAUCCAUUAAUAUUGUUUCUGUCAACUCUAGUGAUUACAAUUUAUUAUAUUCUAUGCUAUGCUGGUUAACUUACUUUUUAAUUACUUAAACUUUAGUUUUUGAAGAGCUUUAUAGAAAGGAAUUUAAAACAACAAUUACGAGAAACUAUAAUUGUUAUUAAUAUUGAGAAAUUGAACUUAUAAAAUAUUUCAGAGAUACAUAACUGUUUCUUGCAGGGAGGCAUAUUGAAGUGGGGAUGAAAUUCUAAAGUGAUUUUAAGCAACUUUGAGAAACUGACAUAAAUAGAGAUGUUGAAAGAUAAUCAUGUAUUUUGCAAUUGGUGACAAAUUCAAAGAAUUGUUCUCCUGUGUAAUACUUUCUUGCAUCUGUGCUUCUUAGAGACUGGUUUACAAAGUGUUAAAACACAAAGCACUUAUCAAAAUACAGGAAUGUAUAAUUGUCCUAUGGAGAGGGAGCCAGAGAAAACAAUUAAUAAUAAUUUGAUAUUCAUUAAUUCAUGCUUGAAGAGAAGAGUGGUAAUUGAGCCAUGUGCUUUAUUGUUCUUUUAUUACAUGCUAUCAGAGCAGAUCAAAAGAAAUAAUUUUCUUAGAGUUGAAAUUCACUGCAGCAAAGGAUGGAUGAAAUAGCAUCCCUGCCUUUUCCAUGAAGUGUAUUAACAUCUCAAUGCUUUUGUAGUAAUUAAAAAUCAUCUGAAUAUCAUUUUAAAAGUAUGAAAAUUUAAAGGGGACACAAUUCUCACUUUUCUAUAGCUGUUCUAUGGAUGUUUUCUUCUGUAACAAUGUAUUAAAUCAAACUAAAUGUUGUUGUAUAAAUGGAAUAAGUACAGAGUGGAGAGAGAAGGGCUUCUGAUUCAUUAAAUCCACUACAUUAUGUCUGAA